AUGGCUCGUAUUCAGAUCCCCCUCGACGCUCUGACGUCGCGUCUGAACUUGGGAGACCGCUUCUCAGGCUUCACCUCUGGCCCUUUGACUGGUCGCUUCGCCAACUUGCGGCCCAUCUCUGAGUUUCUCGACUUCAAGCGACUCUCCAAGCCCGCCAACUUUACCGAGAUGCAGUCGCGCGUCAAUUACAACUUGAGCCACUUCUCCAGCAACUAUGCUGUCGUCUUCUGCAUGCUGAGCCUUUACGCUCUUCUGACCAACUGGCUCCUCUUGUUCGAUAUCAUCCUCGUGGUAGUCGGUAUGUGGUUCAUUGGACGCCUGGACGGCCGCGAUCUUGAAAUUGGCACUUUCCGUGCCACUUCCUCGCAGCUGUACACGGGCCUUCUCAUCGUCGCCGUCCCCUUGGGUCUGAUUGCCUCGCCAUUCUCGACCCUGCUUUGGCUGAUCGGCGCUACCGGCGUGACUAUUCUUGGUCACGCUUCACUUCUGGACAAGCCCAUCGAUGAGGCUUUUUCAGGGGAGGCGGUCUAG